AUGCCCUAUUAUGGACCGGAUCUUCAGCCAUAUCCGAGUGACGUUUCAAUAUGGAAUUGGCUCUUCGGGUCAAGACAGUCCUGCGGAAAUGACGCUUCCCAAGGUACAGGUGACCUAUCAGAUGAUCACGGAUUUCGGGACGCAGCAUCAGGGAACCUUUUAACAUUUCGAGCUAUAAGAGACAAGUCUACUUGGCUAUCCAUAGCUUUGGCACGGUCGCUUGGCCUGCAAGCGCACCAGACAGUGGCCGUUGUGAGCUCUAACUCGAUCUGGUGUCCCGUCGCCAUGUUUGCUGCAGGUCGUAUUGGAGCCGUCGUCACAACAUUACCGUACGAGGCGAAUGCAAAGGAUUUAGCAUUCUUCUUUCAAGCUUCGAGCACCACGAUUGUUUUUACAAAUGCCAGCGCUCUUGGCCAGGUGCGCGAGGCUUGUCAGACGGUCGGUCUGGCUGAUGACAGAAUCAUUCUUCUUGAUGACCCUCCUCGGGGGGAAGCGUCUAUUCAAGGACUGAUUGAGCACGGGAAAGCGUUGGGACCAGCUGAAUUUAUCGAGGAAUGGAAGCCAGCGGAAAACACCACCUCAGCCUGCGCGUUUCUUUCCUUCACUUCUGGUACAACUGGACGGCCAAAAGCGGUUAUGAUCUCACACACCAACAUCAUCAGCCAGCUUUGCCAAAUGCGCCAACUGACCCCCCAAAAGACACCGAACACAGUCCUUGGGAUACUUCCAUUCUAUCACAUAACGGGCCUUGUUCAUCUCCUCCACCUUCCAAUUGUCCUUGGGCAGGAUGUUGUCGUAAUGUCCAAAUUUGACAUGAAAAGAAUGUUGAAUACGGUUGUUAAAUACACCUGCAAUGAGUUAUGGGUUGUACCACCAAUUCUUAUUCGCCUCCUGAACGAUCCAAUUGUACAUGAAUACGAGAUAUCAUUUGUGAAUCAAUUCAACACAGGUGCUGCUCCACUGGCAGAGCAAGUGAUUGUGCAGCUUUCCGCCAGGUUCCCCCGUGUGGCUAUUCGACAGGCCUGGGGGAUGACUGAAAGCACCUCUUGCCUCACAGUCACACCUCCAGGGCUGACUACUUGGAGUAACGCGACAAAGGUGGGUAAGAUUGUUCCCGGGACUGAGAUUCGCAUCGUCGAUCCGGAAACGAAGAAGGACCUGGCCGUGGGUCAAAGUGGAGAGCUCUGGGCACGUGGACCUCAAAUAUCGAUGGGAUACUUGAAUAAUUCUGCAGAGACAGCAGAAACCUUCGACUCUGAUGGAUAUUUGCACACGGGCGAUUUGGGGUCCAUCGAUACGGAAGGCUUCAUCACAAUCCACGACCGACUCAAGGAGAUGAUCAAGGUCCGUGGUUUCGGUAUUGCCCCAGCCGAGCUUGAGGACUUGCUCCUCGGGCACCCUCAGGUUCGCGAUGCCGCAAUUGUGGGAAUACCAGAUGAUUAUUCGGGAGAGAUUCCCAGAGCCUUUAUUGUGGUUCACCCCGGAGUGGCACGCGAUAUUCAGACUGCAAAGGCCCUUCAGCAACACGUCAAAUCCCACAAAGCUCGGCACAAGUGGCUCGCUGGUGGUGUGGAGUUUUUAGACGCGAUCCCAAAGAGUGCAUCGGGGAAGAUUUUGAGGAGAUCACUGAAGGCAAAGUGGAAAGAAGACAUGAAGCAUGAGAAGCAGAGGUCAGCAAAGUUGUAA